AUGACCACACCGACAUCAAUUGACACCAACAAUCCAGUCUACUUCUGGAGACCAGAAGGCGAAUACGGUUUUCUAGGACAAUGGUGGCCAUCGUCAUUCUCAUGGAAAGACGGCGACAAGGAAUACACUUACGCAAAUGCAGAACAAUAUAUGAUGCAUCGCAAAGCACUGCUGUUCGCCGGUCUAGAUCACCCCAUAACUCUUCAAAUUCAAAAAGGCCGGAAACUCCAUCCUCGCGCAAUUCGAGACUUGGGCCGACAGAUCCCCAAUUUUUCGGAUGAGGUGUGGCAGCAAAAUAGGUAUGGGAUUGUCUUGGAGGGAAAUUAUUUGAAAUUUUCGCAGGAUGACGAGCUUAAAGAAAAGUUGCUGGCAACGGAGAAUCGGGAGCUGGUUGAGGCGAGAAAGGACGGCCCUGUCGUAACUGCUAUCGGUUAUGGCAUGAUGGGCCUCAGUGCAUUCUAUGGAAAGCGUCUACCUGAUGAACAGCGCCUUCAGUUCCUAGACCAACUCUACACUUCUGGUGAGCGAUUCUGGGACACAUCAGACGUUUACGGUGACAGUGAGGAUUUGCUGGGGAAAUGGUUUAGCCUUAACCCUGGUAAGCGGCAGCAUGUUUUCCUAGCUACAAAAUUCGGCAAUAUGGGUGGUGGGAAGGCUCGGACGGAUCCGGGCUAUGUGCUAGAGGCGUGUGCAAAGAGUUUGGGGAGGUUGAAGACAGAUUAUAUUGAUCUGUACUAUGUGCAUCGUGCAGAUCCUGGAACGCCGAUUGAGGAGACAUGUAAAAGGCUGACGCAAAAUGAUAAUAGGGAAGGGAAGAUUAGAUAUCUAGGAUUAUCGGAAGUCUCAUCUACUACUCUCCGCCGGGCCCAUACUGUAUCUCCCAUCUCCGCCGUGCAGGUCGAGUACAGCCCAUUUUCGCUAGAAAUCGAGCUCCAGGAGACAAACAUUCUAGCAACUUGUAAAGAGCUAGAGAUCGCUGUGGUUGCAUACUCCCCUCUUGGAAGAGGAUUUCUUACAGGGCAACUAAAGAGUAUUGAUGACCUUGAUGUAGAUGACUUUCGGCGCCAGGUGCCACGCUACUGGCCGCAAAACUUCCACCACAAUGUAGCCCUGGUGCACGACUUGGAGAAAUUUGCAAAGCAAAAGGGUCACACGACUGGUCAAUUAGUCCUAGCUUGGCUGCUACGGCAGUGGGAUAUGGUCAUCCCAAUUCCGGGCACAACAAAGUGGAUGAACUUUAUUGAGAAUAUGGGGGCCUUGCAGGUUCAGCUAAGUGAUGAUGAAGCCAAGGAAAUCAGAGAUGUUAUCGAAAAAGCCUCAGUAGUUGGUGAUCGGUAUCCAGAUGGCUGGGCGCAGACACUGUUUGCGGACACAGCUCCCCUUCCGCAGCAAAAGUCCUAA